CAGAACAACUUCAUCAACCUCAGCUUCCUGCGGCUCUUCCGCGCCGCGCGGCUCAUCAAGCUGCUGCGCCAGGGCUACACCAUCCGCAUCCUGCUCUGGACCUUCGUCCAGUCCUUCAAGGCGCUGCCCUACGUCUGCCUGCUCAUCGCCAUGCUCUUCUUCAUCUACGCCAUCAUCGGGAUGCAGGUUUUUGGGAACAUCGGCAUCGAGGAGGAGGACGACGAGUCGGCCAUCACGCAGCACAACAACUUCCGCACCUUCUUCCAGGCCCUGAUGCUCCUCUUCCGGUCAGGGACCCCCGCCCGGGACCCCCGCCCGCGCCCCCCCCGGCCUG